GACACAUAAAGAAAAAAUUAUGAAGAUAGAAGAGGUACAAUCAACAAUAAAGAAUCAGAGAAUUGCUACUCAUACUCACAUUAAAGGCCUUGGUCUUGAGCCCAAUGGGAGACCACUACCAUUGGCAGCUGGGUUUGUAGGUCAGGCAGCAGCAAGAGAAGCUGCGGGGCUUGUGGUGGAUAUGAUACGCGAAAAGAAGAUGGCUGGUCGGGCUUUACUGCUAGCUGGUCCACCUGGUACGGGGAAGACAGCUCUUGCUCUUGGUAUAUCACAAGACCUUGGAAGCAAGGUUCCAUUUUGUCCGAUGGUUGGAUCCGAAGUGUAUUCAUCAGAAGUGAAGAAAACUGAGGUCUUAAUGGAAAACUUCCGGCGAGCUAUUGGUCUCCGUAUGAAGGAAAAUAAGGAAGUUUAUGAAGGAGAGGUGACUGAACUAUCUCCAGAAGAGGGUGAGAGUGUGACAGGUGGAUAUGGUAAAAGCAUUAGCCAUGUUAUAAUUGGGUUAAAAACUGUCAAAGGUACCAAACAGUUGAAGCUUGACCCCACGAUAUAUGAUGCCUUAAUUAAAGAGAAGGUAGCUGUUGGUGAUGUGAUUUAUAUUGAAUCGAACAGUGGAGCAGUUAAAAGAGUGGGCAGGAGUGAUGCAUUUGCCACAGAAUUUGAUCUUGAGGCAGAAGAGUAUGUUCCACUUCCUAAAGGAGAGGUUCACAAGAAGAAGGAAAUAGUCCAGGAUGUUACAUUGCAUGAUCUUGAUGCUGCAAAUGCACGGCCACAAGGAGGACAAGAUAUAUUGUCCCUUAUGGGUCAAAUGAUGAAACCUAGGAAAACCGAGAUCACUGACAAGUUGCGGCAAGAGAUAAACAAGGUUGUCAACCGUUAUGUUGAUGAAGGUGUUGCAGAGCUUGUUCCUGGUGUCUUAUUUAUCGAUGAGGUUCAUAUGCUUGAUAUGGAAUGCUUUUCAUACUUGAAUCGUGCCUUGGAGAGUUCACUGUCUCCAAUUGUGAUUUUUGCCACUAACAGAGGCAUUUGUACUGUCAGAGGAACAGAUAUGACUAGUCCACAUGGUAUUCCAGUUGACUUGUUGGAUCGAUUGGUGAUUGUCAGAACUGAAACUUAUGGUCCAGCUGAAAUGAUACAGAUAUUAGCUAUACGUGCACAGGUGGAGGGACUAGAAAUAGAUGAAGAGAGCCUUGCGUAUUUAGGAGAGAUUGGACAACAAGCUUCCUUAAGGCAUGCUGUUCAGCUGCUAUCCCCAGCUAGCAUAGUUGCCAAAAUGAAUGGCCGCGACAAAAUCUGCAAGGUGGAUCUUGACGAAGUGAGUUCGUUGUACCUGGAUGCAAAGUCUUCUGCAAGACUUCUUCAGGAGCAGCAAGAUAGAUACAUCUCAUGAUAAAUUGUACUAUAGUAUCAAUUCUCUAGCUUUAUUUUCUAAGGUGCUCAUAUCCAAAUUGCAUUUUGC